AUGUUAAUAAAUAAUUUUCCUGAAAUUGAAGAAAUCCAUCAACAUAUUAAUAAAAUAAAUGAAAAGAUUCCUCCACAACAAGAAGAGGUGGUUAUAAUUAUUGGUGAUACAGGAGAAGGGAAAAGUUCUCUCUUAAAUUAUUUAGCUGAAGUUCCCCUGUUUGGUAAAAAGGGAAAAGGUUUUGGUAGGUUUGUUAUUUACACUGAAAGUCCUCUAGAAGGUAGUGAGAUUACCGAUGGAUGUAUUUCGAAAACCUCUUUGCCAUCAGGUUGGAAAGAAUAUUGGGACUGUCCUGGUUUUGGGGAUACACGUGGUGAGGUCCAGGAUAUUGUAAAUGCCUAUUCAAUUUACAAGUUAAUCAAAAGUGCAAAAAAAGUGAAGGUUUUGGUCACUGUUUCUGAGGCUACAAUUACAGGGUCAAGGAGUAGAAGCUUCUUAAAUCUUAUUCAUAAUAUAGGAGAAACUUUUAAAAACACAGAUGAGGAUAAGUUAGUUCAAGGGUUAUGUCUGGUAGUAACAAAAAAUAAGACUCUUGACUUGGAGGAAAUGAGAAAUGGUUUGCUUGAGAUUCUUAAGGAACAGGAUGGCCAAGGAAAUUUCAGUCCAACUCAAAAAAAAAUACUUGGUUUUUUAUCUUCCCCUGAAAGUCAAAUUGUUUUUUUCAAUGCACCUACAGGAGAAGGUCUUAUUUCUGAUGAGGACAGAUCUCAAAUCUUGGAUAGUAUAUCAAAGAUUCCUUAUUUGGAAAAACCAGAGCCUAGUAUUUCUAUUGCUCCUGAGUCAAAAAAUCUUAUCAAAGGUCUAGCAGAUAAGCUUAAUGAUGACAUAGAAAAUUUUAUGAUACAUAAAUUUUAUCCAGGAAUUCUAGACUACCUUGAUAAAUUAAUAGACAAUCAUUCAGGCACAGUUAAAGAAUUGAGAGAGUCUCAGUCUUUAAA